AUGACUUAUCAGAAGUGCAAGAAUGAGAGAACACAAACCAACACCAAGUAAGAAAGUGUUUAACACUUCAAAUUUUAGUUGAAUCUAACUGUGUUGUGUGUGUGGAGAAGGAAGCAUGGCAAGGUUUAUGGCAGUUACACCUUCCCAACAGAAUAACCAACUCUCCUUCUCCCCCUUAGCUUCCUCUCUUUCUGAUUUCUCUGGAACCAAGCUCCACUACUCUCAUAUUAACUUCAAGAGAAAACAAUGGCAGGCAAAAUCAGCUUCCUUCUAUGUAUCAGCAUCAAGCACCAAGAAGAUUCUAAUCAUGGGAGGUACAAGGUUCAUUGGUGUGUUCUUGUCUAGGCUCCUUGUCAAAGAGGGUCACCAAGUCACAUUGUUCACAAGAGGAAAAGCUCCUGUCACUCAACAAUUGCCUGGUGAAUCUGAUUCUGACUAUGCCGAUUUCUCUUCCAAGAUACUGCACUUGAAAGGAGAUAGGCAAGACUUUGAAUUUGUAAAAUCUAGUCUCUCAGCACAAGGCUUUGAUGUUGUCUAUGACAUUAAUGGAAGAGAGGCAGUUGAAGUAGAGCCUAUUCUCGACGCGCUCCCAAACCUCGAACAGUUCAUUUACUGCUCUUCAGCUGGUGUCUAUCUCAAAUCUGAUCUAUUGCCUCAUGCCGAGGUUGAUGCAGUGGAUCCAAAGAGCAGGCAUAAGGGGAAGCUUGAGACAGAGAGCUUGCUGCAAUCAAGAGGUGUUAACUGGACUUCAAUAAGGCCGGUCUACAUUUAUGGACCGUUGAACUACAACCCUGUCGAGGAGUGGUUCUUCCACCGGUUGAAAGCCGGCCGCCCCAUUCCGAUUCCCAGCUCAGGACUUCAGAUAACACAGCUUGGUCAUGUUAAGGAUUUGGCAAGAGCUUUUGUUCAAGUUCUUGGUAAUGAUAAAGCCAGCAAGGAAAUAUUCAACAUCUCAGGAGACAAGUAUGUAACUUUUGAUGGCCUAGCAAGGGCAUGUGCUAAGGCUGGUGGUUUUCCUGAGCCAGAGCUGAUUCACUACAACCCUAAAGACUAUGAUUUUGGGAAGAAGAAAGCAUUCCCAUUCCGUGACCAGCAUUUCUUUGCAUCAACAGAGAAGUCAAAGAGUGUGCUUGGAUUUGAGAAUGAGUUUGAUCUUGUAGGAGGCCUUGCAGACUCUUACAACCUUGACUUCGGCCGAGGAACCUAUCGAAAAGAGGCCGAUUUUUCGACAGAUGACAUCAUUCUCGGCAAGACUCUUGUUAGUGUAUAAUUAAUUACUCUUUUUCAAUUUCCAUUUUGAAGUUGUUGCCUUUUGCUAUGCUACAAUCUAAUCAGAUAAAGUUAUCAAAUAUAUAAAUUCUUCUUAUGGCUA